AUGGACGUAUUAGUGCUAUUGUUAUUGCUAAGCACCACUAUACAAAGUGCCACACCAGACUCUUGGUCAUUACCAAAUUUCGACUACAUUUUUAAAGAACCACCUACAAUCAAAGAUUUUUUUGAACGUGGAGAUAAAAUGAAAUCAUUUGUCAAGUCCAGUUAUAAUGAUGCAUUGAAGAUGAAAGGUUCUGUGGACAACUACGUAGAAGAACAACAAAAGAAGAUUACUCAUAAGUGGAACGACUUUGUUGAAGAACAUGAUUGGAGCAACUAUGUUGAAGAUAUGAGGGAUAGUAGUAGGAAAAUAAGUGAUACCUGGUCAUAUGUACCCGAAGGCGAAAAUCCUCCGAUGUUGGAAAACCCAGACGUAGUUUUAACGGUGCCGAGUAUCAUUUCAAGACAUGGAUAUUUAUGUGAAACUCAUAGCGUCAUUUCUAAAGGUUAUGUGCUAAACAUACACAGGAUUCCACAUUCUAAAAAUUCGAAGAAUGUAUCAUCGAAGACGGUUCUUCUCCAACACGGUUUAUUUGCCAGUUCUGCUGAUUGGAUCAUAAAUGGGCCUGGAAAAGGUUUGGCUUAUGUUUUAGCAGAUGCAGGGUAUGACGUUUGGAUGACAAAUAUUAGAGGAAAUAGGUAUUCAAAAGAGCAUGUGUUCUAUAAGUCUGAUUCAAAAUCUUAUUGGGAUUUUUCGUGGCAUGAUGUUGCUUUAUAUGAUAUCCCAGAGAUCAUUGACUAUAUUUUUAACAUAAAAGGUGAGAGUACCAAAAUCACUUACAUUGGUCAUUCGAUGGGAACGACAAUACUUUUUGCAAUGUUGACCAUGAAGCCAGAAUACAACAAUAAACUAACAGCUGGUUUCGCUUUAGCUCCAGUUGUAUUCCUCUCAGAUAUGAAGUCGCCUUUAAAGUCAUUGGCGCCUAUUGCUGCUCAUUUGGCAUCAAUGGAUAUGCUGCAAGGGAUAUACGAAUUCAUACCUAAAAAAUCGGCGCUCGGGAAGAUUUCUGAUUCGUGCAAUGUACAAAACAUGGACUCCUUGGUAUGUCAGAAUGUUGUUUUCUAUAUGUGUGGCUUCAACGAGCGACAAUUUAAUAAGACUUUAUUACCAGUUCUUCUGGCACAUUUGGGAACGGGUACUUCUUGGAAGACAGCUGUACAUUUCUCUCAAGAGAUUCUUUCAGAAGGUAGAUUCCAACGUUUUGAUUACGGCUACUAUUACAACAAGAAAAUUUAUGGGACUCGUACACCCCCUGAAUAUGAUCUCAGUAAAGUAACACUUCCUAUUAAACUGUUUUGGUCUAGAAAUGAUUUGUUGUCAAGUGAAAAGGACGUCUUAGCACUUUCUGAGAAAUUACCUACAAAACCAGAAAUGUUUUUAGUUCCCGAUGCCCAGUUCAAUCAUUUAGAUUACCUUUGGGCCAUUGAUGCUCCUCGAUUAUUGAAUAAUGAAAUUUUGGAGUCUUUAAAUACCCAUAUGAACAAUAAUAAGUACUCAUUUUCUAUAAGAUUUUAA